UAUCUAUAUCUAUCUGGAUUAUCAUUUUCUUACUAGGGUUUUCUCUUCAGAUGCUGUGAUGUGAUGAUUUCCAACGCCAUGGAAAGACAUUAUUAACUUUAGUAUGUAUGAUGUAUAUAGAUGAUAUCAUGAUGAUGGGCAAGUUUGAUCAACAUGCUUCUUCUUUCCUACUUGAAGAUUGGAUGUCGAAUCCUAUGAUAUUCUCAUCUUCUGACAUUUUAGAUGAAGAAGAUAUCAGUUGUUCUACCUAUGUACCAGAGAUUCCUCUAGACAAUGAUAUUAUUGAUAAAAUCCAAAAACACUAUUUGAGUCCUGAAGAGAAUUCCACGUCAGAGUGCUUUGAAUUAGGAGGAGGAGGAGGAGAGGAAGAUUGGGGUUUGGAUUUGGAUUUGGAUUUGCCCAAGACAGAAGCUUUAGAAGGAAGGAUUCGAGAAAGGGUUGAAGCCAGAAAUGGAUUUGAUUUAAGAUUGAAUCUAGAAAAUAUCAAACUGUCUGAUAGUUCUGAUUCUGUAAUCUAUGAUGCUGCAUCUACCUCUCAUUAUUUCAAAACUCCUUCUAUUAGUCCAAGGGCGUUUCUAGACUCCCCAACUUUCCUCUCCAAUCCAUUGGUUCUUCAGCCUUCUCCAACUACAGGAAAGUUCCCAUUUUCAUUAGGCAAAAACUCCACAUUUGCUGCUGGAGAACAUGAUUCCGUCAGUUUCUUUGAUGAUUUCGGUUCUUCAUCAUUCGAAUCCAAACCAAUCGAUGAUUCUGGUCCCUCCUUCAUUCCUGCCUCCACAAGCAGACUUCUAAUGGGUGAAUAUGAUACCACUAUCAUUCCCUUAACAAUAACAGCGAAUGAAGAUAAGAUUUCACUUGAUCAUAAUCAGCAGCAGCAACAGCAGCAGCAACAACAACUGCAAGAUGAGGAGCAAAAGAGUACUACAGAUUUGAUGAUGUUGCAAGAUGAGGAGCAAAAUACGAGUGGAGAUCAUGUGGGGAUGAUGAUGCAUGGUGCUUCUUCUAGCGGAGAAGACUUUUACAACUGGAGAAAAUAUGGACAGAAACAUGUGAAAUGUAGCGACUAUCCAAGGAGUUAUUACAAAUGUACACAUCCUAAUUGCCCUGUCAGGAAGAAAGUUGAAAGGUCCCAUGAAGGCCUCGUUACUGAGAUCAUAUAUGAAAAAACCCACAAUCACCCUGAACCAAUUAAUCCCAACCGCAACAGGUUAACAACAAACAUUAAUAUUGGAUCCUCCAGCCACCCAACAACCGACCCACACCAUCAAAAUGGAACUGGCGAUUCAGAAAAUUCUUUGCAGUCAUCAGUUGAUCAUGGUUUGCCUCCUAAUCUCUCCAAUACCGACCAUGAAGAAGUUAACCAGCAAGUUGUUGGCCAAGAAGAUGAACACGAGUCAAAGAGGAGGAAAAUGGAAGCUUCUUACACAAAUGAGCAUAUGAGCGGUGCUACUAGAGCUAUUAGGGAGCCGAGAGUGGUGAUUCAGGCCACAAGUGUCGCUGAUAUCCUUGAUGAUGGCUACCGUUGGCGCAAGUAUGGCCAGAAAGUUGUCAAGGGAAAUCCAAACCCCAGGAGUUACUAUAAAUGCACGAGCGCUGGUUGUCCAGUGAGGAAACAUGUGGAAAGGGCAUCAGACAAUCUUCGAUCAAUCCUCACAACAUAUGAGGCAAAACACAUUCAUCAUGUUCCAGCUGCUAGAAACAACAACAACAACAAUAAUAACAAUAACAACAGCAACAGCAGCAGCAUCAACAACCAUAUUAAUAAUCUUACAAACCAACCUGUGGGGUUUUCGACUGCAUGUCCUGUUCAACCUCAUAAUCAAUUUCUUCAGAGGGUAGAUCACCAAUAUCAUCAGAUUCAAAAUGAAAUGUUGAGGUUCAAUAGUAGACCAGUAUCCCAUCUGGGCGGCACAUAUGGUAUGAACGGGAGGCAGCUGAUGGCGGCAGGGCAUCCUAAUGGGGGGUUUAAUUAUGGUAUGAACCAGUUUUCAAACAACUAUAUGGGUAUGGCCGGACUAGGGUCAUCUUCUAACCAACCUGGAAACAUGGCAUCAGUUUUGGCAAUGCCUAACUAUUUGGGACAACACAACCAAAUGGGGGGUCUCAUCAUGCCAAAAGGAGAACCCACAUCAGAAUCUCCCAUCAACAACAGUAUCGUCAACAAUAACCAUAAUGGACCAUCAUCAUCAUCAUCAUCUGUUUAUCAUCAAAUCAUGACUAGGCUAUAAUUAACCGGUUGGACCACAAGUUUAAAUAUUCCUUAAACUAAUUUCCUCUUUGCCGGCUUAAGGGAGUACGGCAGAAGCAAGAUCAAAGAUCAAAUUUACUUUCAUUUACUAUUUUCUCAGGGUAGUUCAAGUUUCUUAGAGCUGAACUUGUAGUAGGCACACAAAAAAUAAUAAAUUAACUAUUUCAUUCAAGUUUCACAA